AAUGAAUAUAAUUAUAUCUAAUGACUUUGCGGUUCGUUGGCCAGCUCUCUUUACUACAUAACACGAGAAUUGCCAGUUCGUGUGCAGUAGUUUCUUAGUGUUGGCAGAGACUAGAAGACAGUUGCGCUGCAGACAUGGACUUUAGGGAGAAGAUACUACGGGAGGGCACUCUCAAACACCGUCAAACCGGGACCUUGGCGCGGUGGAAAAAUCGUUACGUCGUGUUCAAAAUCUCGGGCGGGGGUCGUCUCCAGUUCAUGAUACACAAGGACUGCCCACCCUCGCCUGCCAACGAAGUGAAGGAGAUCCCAAUCGAAGAGUUUGGUGGAAUCGAGAGCGCUGCCAAAGUUGACUCCGAGAAGCACGUGUUCAGUAUCAUCACCACAAGUGUGACUGAUUCAUUCUCCACGGAUGGUGUCGAGGAUCUGGCAGAGUGGACAUCGCUGCUGCAGGAAUACUUGGGGAAAGAGCUGACAUUUGGGAUAGUGAUACCUCAGAGGCAUGGGCAGCUGAAGAGUGGGCGUGGUGUCCUGAGGAUACGGAACACGGGAUUCACCAUAACAACCAGCGACAGUCCACCUCGUUGCAUGGGCACGUGGCAGAUCACCCACAUCCGCAAGUUCGGAGGAUCCUCCUCUUUCAAAUUUCAGACAGGCUCCAAGUGCCCAACCGGGGAGAUGCUCUACACCAUCAAGACAGAUGACAACGACAGAGUCAAAAGUCUCUUCAACGAUCUCUCACAACACAAGCCUAUCUUCAGCGACGACCGCGUGGGUCGCCGCAUGACCCUGGAGCGAAACCACACCCACCACAGUCCGUAUCGCCAGUCCCCGAGUCGGCUGAGUCUCCAGUCCACGUCGGGCGGAGCCGGGCGGGACCGGGAGGGGUCCGACUCCGCCUUCCAGAGCUCCACCCUCAGCCCCACCUACGAGAACAAGGAAGCCAUAUGUGAAGCAGCGAUGAAAUUGGGGAAGCCCCUUCCAUUACCACCUAAUCGCCGUAACUCUGCCAACGAUGACUGCACCCCUUCUUUGGCAGGCCACGCCCAGCGACAGGGACCCGGCAACAACAACCCCGCCCCCCUCUCUCCCGCUCUCGCGAAGGUCGACGAACAGCGACUGUACCAGAACAUACCAGGCCGGAGUGGCAGUGCACCCCACUCCCCUACCAAACUGCACCGGUCCGGUCCUGGCGGUACCCGGUACCCCAUUCCACCCUCGGAACCGGUACCAGACGGCUACUACAACGUGUCUCCUCCGCUAGCACUAAAGAAAUACCCCUCCACCAACUCCUCCUCGCCCCCUCGCCUCAGCCCUGAAGAUGACACGUUCUUCUCAGAGUUUGCACCCGUCCCCCCUCCUCCGAUAAAGACAGUCUCUAGUUCAACAUCGGACUCUUACAGUGACGCUUACUUCAGACUGCCUCUACAACAGAGACCAAUGAUGAUGAUCGAGGGGGAGAAUUUGGUAGUUCACAGGACCCCCAACGGGGGGCACGUGGGGGGAGAGGGGGAGAUGGGGAAGGGGGGAGGGAGAGAGGAGGCUGCGUUGUAUCAAAACCUUGACUUCAUGAGCAAAAGAGGGUCUGAUAGUAUCACUACUGCCAAUGUAUACAUGGAAGACACCGACAGCGCUCCGGUCCACAGUCGGGUCCACUCCGGGACGGUGGGGCACCCCCUGCCAAUUAUCCCAGCCCUGGACUCCCUGAGCGAGGUGGUUCACAACUACACUAAUGUCGAGUUUGCCCUCGAGGCUGCGCAGGGCAGAGGGGGCGGGGCUAGGAUCGGAGGGACCUCAAAACCACUGGCAAGAGCUGGCGAUGUCAGAAGGAAAGUCAGUGCUCCACCUCUCUCCAGAGACAGAUCUGGAGCAAUGAGCUACAAAGACUCCUCCCCUUCCUGUGACGCCACGGCAACCCCCGUAACCAUGACAACAUCGACAACAACAAACGCCGUGACCUCUAACCUCGCCCUCUCUCUCCACCCGAAGCUGAAGCCGUCUCUCUCCAGUUACGAUCUGAAGGAAGUCGGCGGUAAACAGGAGGCAAACCGGUCUGACCUGUUACCCGAGUACUACAACCUGUUUGUGCCUCGUCUCCCCGCCAACCGGGGGAGGGGAGAGGGAGAGGGAGGCCACGAGGGGAAGUCCAGGAGGAUUCAUGCCACUCUCAGUAGCUUCCAGUCUCCCUCUUUCGCCACCGCCGCGGGGUCAAAGUCCAUCGGGCGGAGCGGAGGAGGGGGUGUGGCCAACGGACAAGUUACCCGCACACAGAGCACAGAUGUUGCUGACUCCACCCCAAGGAAACCGGAGAAAAGUUCCGACAAGGAAGAAGGCGAUGACGACGAUGAUAAAGUUCUUGUCAACCCAGACACUGUGGGUUACGCUACCGUUGACUCCCAGAUGCACGGGAGAACUGUUCCAGUCUCUUCGGCUGCGUCGCUAGCUCCUCGCUACGACCACCUGGAGCUGGUGAGGACUUCAUCCGGGAGCCAGUCCACUCGGUUCUCCCCCACUGCCAGCCCCAGUCCAGAGAACCUCUCUCGUUCCAACACCCCUCGCCCCCAGCCACUCUACGAUCAACUGAGUGCAAAGGAGAUGACUCCGCCUACUGGGGAAAAGAUGGAGGAGUCUGUGGGCGGGGCCAACACCACCAAACGGGGAGGGAAAGUGUCGAUUCCAUACGAGAGGAAAAUCGGUGUUCUUGGUCACUCCCACACCUACGAGUACAUCGAGGUCAUGUUGAGGGGUGGAGGAGGAACGGUGGGAAUGGAGGUAGUCGAGUUCCUGGACCCGAUACCACCAGUAGCCUGCGUCACAAUUCCGAUCCGGGGGGAUGUGAGUCCGGUACCCCUGUUGUCGGUACUCCAGUUAAUGAGCACCCCUCGCAGUGGACGAAUUUCCCUCCGCAGGUCCAAGACACCUCGUCCCUUCCUCGCUCCCCUGCGACGCAAUCUCGUCGCAAGCCACUCCCACUUCAGUCGGUGCCACUAGACGAAUCGUUCGGCGCUGCCACUCACUCCAGGCCCACGGCAACCGAUUAACAGACC